AAUCAACUCAACUCAAUCUAGCCUAACAUAACUCAAAAAUAUAUAAUACAGAUAUAUAUAAUAUUAUAAUAUAAUAUAUACACAUAGACUCCCAUAAAGUACUCUGAUCAAGUCAUAUCGUACAAACAAGGUUCUCUGUCACAGUUGACAUGUCCAUCCAACUUAUUGUUGCCACAAAGGCAUCACCCAUCAGCUAUGGUGUGCUAGCUGCCGCCGAGCAGGUAAACGCCAUCAAGCCUGGUGCUAUUACUAUCGAGUACCCUGAUACCAAGACAUUGGAAGCUGAAGGAGGUGCUACAGCCGUUGCAAAGUUCAAUGGCCAAACCUACUCCUCCACCAACGCAAUUGUCCGUCUCUUUGGCAGACUUCACCCCGAGACUGGUCUUUACGACCCCAAGGAUCCCAUUAGCUCAACCUUGGUUGAUCAGUGGCUUGAUUUUGCCGAGUCCAAGUUGUCCAUCUCGGAUUUCAAGGCUCUUGAUGCUACUUACAAGGAGCUCAACAAGCAUUUGACUCUUCGUUCUUUCAUCGUUGGCUACCAGCUUACUUUGGCCGACUUUGUCGUGUGGGGUGCCUUGAGAGGUUCUCCCGUAUUUGCUCGCAUCGUCAAGACCAAGAAGGAAUCCCUCGGUGUUUACCUUGUCCGUUGGUACGAGUACAUCAACACCCUUGAGGUCACCAAGAAUGCUGUCGAGAAGAUGCAGAAGCAAGACAAGCUCAAGGUCAAGUCCAACGAGCAGGGCAAGUUUGAGAUUGGUCUCACUGAGGCCGAGAUGGGUCGCGUCGUGACUCGUUUCCCCCCGGAGCCCAGUGGUUAUCUCCACAUUGGUCACGCCAAGGCUGCCUUGAUGAACCAGUACUUUGCCGACACUUACAAGGGAAAGCUUAUCAUUCGUUUCGAUGACACCAACCCCAGCAAGGAGAAGACCGAAUUCGAGGACUCUAUCAAGGAGGAUCUUGCCCUUAUCGGCGUCACCUCCAACCAUGUCUCCCACACUUCCGACUUCUUUGACCAGAUGUACGAGCUUGCUCUCAAGAUGAUCAAGGAAGGCAAGGCUUACUGUGACAACACUGACCAGGAAACCAUGCGCGAUGAGCGUACUCGUGGUAUUCCUUCAAAGUGCCGUGACACUCCUGUUGAAAAGAACUUGGAGAUUUUCGAAGAGAUGAAGAAGGGUACCGAUACCGGACGUUCCUUCUGUCUUCGCGCAAAGAUCAGCCCCGAUGAUCCCAACGGUACCAUGCGUGAUCCCGUCAUCUACCGUUGCAACUUGACUCCCCACCACCACACCGGUGACAAGUGGAAGGUCUACCCAACCUACGACUUUGCCUGUCCCAUCGUUGACAGUCUCGAGGGUGUCACCCACGCCUUGAGAACCAACGAGUACCGUGACCGCAAUGCCCAGUACAUGUGGAUGUUGGAGAACCUCGGUCUGCGCAAGGUUGUCAUCUGGGAUUUCAGCCGCAUGAACUUUGUCUACACCCUUCUUUCUAAGAGAAAGCUCCAGUGGUUCGUGGACAACAAGAUUGUCAGCGGCUGGGACGAUCCCCGCUUCCCCACCGUCAGAGGUAUCCGUCGUCGUGGUAUGACCAUCGAGGCCUUGAAGGAAUACAUCCUCAUGCAGGGUGCCUCCCAGAACGUCCUCAUGCUCGAGUGGGACAAGCUCUGGGCCAUGAACAAGAAGGUCAUUGACCCCGUUGCUCCCAGACACACUGCCAUCGUCAAGGACAAGAUGGUCCAGUGCACCAUCCAGGGCGCACCCACUACCCCUGAGUUCAAGGAACUUCCCAAGCACAAGAAGAAUCCCGCAAUUGGUCUCAAGAAGACUGCUUACUUUAACAAGAUUGUUCUUGAGCAGGAAGAUGCCAAGUCUCUCGAAGUUGGAGAAGAGCUUACUCUUAUGGAUUGGGGAAAUGCAUUUGUCCGCAACGUUGAAAAGAACGCUGAGGGUGAUGUUACCAGUGUCGAUCUUGAACUCCACCUUGAGGGUGACUUCAAGAAGACCAAGAAGAAGAUCUCCUGGUUGGCUUUUGGCGCAAACCUCGCUGUGGAUGCGCUUUUGGUUGACUAUGACUAUCUGAUCACUAAAAAGAAGGUCGAGGAAGGUGAUGAGCUCAAGGAUCUCAUUACACCUGUGAGCGAGUUCAAGACCCCUGUUGUUGCUGAUGCCAACAUCAAGGAUCUCAAGAAGGGUGACGCUAUGCAGUUCGAGCGCAAGGGUUACUACAUCCUCGACUCGGUCGCUACUGCCACCACUCCCGCUACUUUCAUCCAGAUUCCUGACGGAAAGGCUGCCUCUAUUGCUUCAAAGGCUGACGAGAAGAAGACCGAGAAGCCAAAGAAGGAGAAGGCUGAGAAGUCCAAGAAAUAAAUUCGCCAACAGGUCAUAAAAGUCAUAACAGCAAAUAACGACCAUGACGACGAUAACGAUAACGACAACGACAGCAAUAAUAUUAAUAAUAAAACAUAAUAAAAAAUAUUAACAAUAGUAACAAUAAUAAUACAUAAUGAUGACCAAGAGAAGAGGAGAGAAGAGGAGAGAAAAAUAAAUAAAUAUAUAAAUAAAAGCUUUAUUUUUUGUAUC